UAUUUGGUAUAACUGCAGUGGUUUCCAUGAUGGGUAUUUUCGAAAGGGUCGUAGUUAGAUCAAUAUUAUAAUUUAUUUAGUCGGUAUGGUGCGCAGCACGUAGUUAGUUUUUCCAACAUGGAAAAUAGAGACGAUAGUUCAGACGACAUCCAGGAAAAAACAUCAGACUUUUACAAAACACAUAACUUACCUAUUCGUUUUGAAUAUCCAGGUUUACAGAACUACAGCAACACCAGACGAACUCCAACCAAUGUGUUCUACGCGACUACCUACAAUGAUUACGGGUACUUCCCGCCAACUGUGCACACUGUGAGGAAAUGUUAUCACGGAAAGUCACAACGAUUCGGGCAAGAGCAGUUUGUCAGAGGAAUGUAUAGAGACCACUCGUUGAACAUGUGAAUGAUAUCUCUAAUAUAUCCAUAAUAUAUGACAAUAUUGAUUAAUAUUCUAAACACGUUAACUUAAAAUAAUUAUCAGCACCUUGUACUAUUGUGCAUACUUACAUACAAAAUAAUGUUUUCAUCUAAAUAAUUAAUAUUAUUUCUGUGAUCGCAUUUGAUUGAUUUGAAGUGUUAAGUUAUUAAUCAUUCAGUAGGGCUAAUUAAAGAAUUAUAAAAUAAUUCAGGCUUAAUGUGAUGUUUAUAUAACAUAUGCAAUAUGCAUAUAUUCAAGGGCACUCAUAGAAAAAUUCUCAGGGGGGGGGCAAAAUUUUAAUUAUGUCCAUAAGAUAG